AUGUCUAUAACUUGUCAACUCUCGAAUCUCACUUCAAAGAAGGCAAAUCAAUCGACCGGUGGUGUUAGAAAGCCUCUCUUCUUCUUGAUUUUGUGUGGCUUAACGACCUCUGUUGUGAUUGUUCUUCUGAUCUUCUCUCCGUUAAGCAAGAAGGAGGAGACUAGUUCUUGUAACGGAGAAGCUAGAGUGCUGUUCAGACAUAAGAACGUCUCCACGAGCGAGAUUCAUGCUUUAGUCUCUUUCUUCUCUGAUUCAGAUCAGGUAACAUCCUUUGAAUGUCGUAAGGAAUCUACCUCUGGAUUGCGGUCAAACUAUUGUAUUACAUGUUCUCUGAAUAUGGAGAAACAGAGUUGCCAUGAAAGACAGUGCUUUAUUCCAGAUGGAGGAGUUCCGUGGAAUCUUAAUCCAUCAGGUUUAGAACAUUCUAUUUCACCAGAAGCUUGCGUGUCUGAUAAUCUUGAACAGAGUAUACUGCAACCCAAAGAACACGAAAACCAUGGAGAAGAACCCGAAAACCAUGGAGAAGAGCUGGAUUGGGAUUUGUCAACUUACUUAAGAAAUACAUGGUGGUGGCUAAUUCUUGGUGUAUUAGUGUGCCAUAAGAUUUUUGCAUUUCAUUCGAAAGCACCGACUGAGAGAAAAGAAAAAGGUUCACUGCAAGAGCCUUUAGCUCAGAAACAGCAACGUGGUCAGGCCCCUUCUAAAGGAGCUGGAAGAUGGAGGAAGAACAUCCUUCUCCUUGGUGUCAUGGCAGGAGUUUCCGUAUCCAUUUGGUGGUUCUGGGACACCAAUGAGAAGAUCAUAUCGAUAAGGAGAGAGACUUUAGCAAACAUGUGUGACGAACGAGCCCGCGUGUUGCAAGAUCAGUUCAAUGUUAGCCUGAACCAUGUUCAUGCCUUGUCUAUUCUUGUAUCCACCUUUCACCAUGGGAAAACCCCAUCUGCCAUUGAUCAGAAAACCUUUGGUGAAUAUACCGAGAGAACAAACUUUGAGAGGCCUCUUACCAGUGGUGUGGCGUAUGCUUUGAAAGUCACACACUCAGAUAGAGAGAAAUUUGAAAAGGAGCAUGGAUGGACAAUAAAGAAAAUGGAAACUGAGGAUCAGACACUUGUCCAAGAUUGUGUUCCUGAAAAUUUCGACCCAGCACCUAUUCAAGAUGAAUAUGCACCAGUUAUCUUUGCUCAAGAAACUGUUUCCCAUAUUAUAUCACUCGACAUGAUGUCUGGAGAAGAAGACCGUGAAAACAUCUUGCGGGCAAGGGCAUCAGGAAAAGGAGUAUUAACAUCUCCAUUUAAGCUUCUCAAGUCAAAUCAUCUUGGCGUCGUGUUGACCUUUGCUGUCUAUGACACGAGCCUACCGCCCAAUGCCACUGAAGAACAGCGUGUUGAAGCAACUAUUGGGUACCUUGGUGCAUCAUAUGAUAUGCCGUCGCUAGUGGAGAAACUUCUUCAACAACUUGCCAGCAAACAGACGAUUGCUGUGGAUGUUUAUGACACAACUAACGCCUCGGGUCUAAUUAAAAUGUAUGGCUCAGAAAUUGGAGAUAUUAGUGAACAGCACAUAAGUAGCCUUGAUUUUGGUGAUCCAUCAAGGAGUCAUGAGAUGCACUGCAGGUUUAAGCAUAAACUUCCCAUUCCUUGGACAGCAAUAACACCAUCAGCCUUAGUUCUGAUUAUUACUUUUCUUGUUGGUUAUAUCUUCAAUGAAGCCCUCAUUCGAAUUGCGACGGUUGAAGAGGACUGUCAGAAAAUGAUGGAACUCAAAGCUCGUGCUGAGGCUGCUGAUGUUGCAAAGUCGCAGUUUUUAGCAACUGUUUCUCAUGAGAUACGGACUCCGAUGAAUGGUGUUCUAGGAAUGCUGAAAAUGCUGAUGGACACCGAUCUUGAUGCAAAACAAAUGGACUAUGCUCAAACUGCUCAUGGUAGCGGGAAGGAUCUUAUAUCAUUAAUAAAUGAGGUUCUUGAUCAGGCAAAGAUUGAAUCAGGAAGGCUCGAGCUUGAAAAUGUGCCUUUUGAUAUGCGUUUUGUUCUGGAUGAUGUUUCGUCUCUCCUCUCUGGCAAGGCAAAUGAAAAAGAUAUCGAGUUGGCCGUUUAUGUGUCUAGUCAAGUUCCUGAUGUUGUAGUUGGUGAUCCGAGUCGGUUCCGGCAGAUAAUUACAAAUCUGGUUGGAAACUCAAUCAAGUUCACACAGGACAAGGGGCACAUAUUUAUCUCAGUGCACCUUGCAGAUGAGGUGAGGGAGCCUCAUAAUAUUGAAGAUGCAGUGCUAAAAAAGAGACUAGCUUUAGGAUGCAGUGAGUCCGGUGAGACUGUUAGCGGGUUUCCUGCCGUAAAUGCAUGGGGAAGCUGGAGGAAUUUCAAGACAUUUUACAGCACUGAGAAUCAUAAUUCUGAUAAAAUCAAGUUGCUAGUUACAGUGGAGGACACAGGAGUGGGCAUACCUUUGGAUGCACAAGGCCGAAUAUUCACUCCUUUUAUGCAAGCUGACAGUUCCACAUCUCGGACUUAUGGUGGAACUGGCAUAGGUUUGAGCAUAAGCAAGCGUUUGGUUGAACUCAUGCAAGGAGAGAUGGGUUUUGUGAGUGAGCCCGGGAUAGGCAGUACUUUUUCAUUCACCGUAGUUUUCGGGAAAGCAGAAACAAAUUUGCCAGUUACUAAGUUUGAGCGAUUCGAUCUAGCUAUCCAGGAGUUUAAAGGAUUGAGGGCAUUAGUUAUUGAUAGCCGAAACAUUCGAGCCGAGGUGACUAGUUACCAUCUUCAGAGAUUGGGAAUAUCUGCAGACAUUGUUUCAAGUCUGAGUAUGGCAUGCACCUGUGUCAGCAAAUUAAGAAAUUUGGCUAUGAUUCUAAUUGAUAAAGACGCAUGGAACAAGAAAGACUUUGCAGUACUUGACGAGUUGCUUAACAGUAGCAAAGAAUCCACUACAAGGCCCCCAAAGAUUUUACUUUUGGCAACCUCUGCAACUCCUGUUGAGCGCAGCGAGAUGAAGUCUUCUGGUCUCAUAGACGAGGUGGUAAUAAAGCCACUUCGGAUGAGUGUCUUAAUAUGUUGCUUGCAAGAAACACUUGUCAAUGGAAAGAAGAGGCAGCCAAACAGAAAGCGAAGAAAUCUUGGACACUUGCUUAGAGAUAAGCGGAUUCUUGUUGUGGACGAUAAUCUGGUGAACAGAAGAGUUGCCGAAGGCGCACUUAAGAAAUAUGGAGCCACUGUUGCAUGCGUUGAGAGUGGCAAAGCUGCAUUGGCUAUGCUUAAGCCGCCUCACAACUUCGAUGCUUGCUUCAUGGAUCUCCAGAUGCCUGAAAUGGACGGAUUUGAAGCAACGAGGAGAGUCCGUGAUCUGGAGAGGGAAAUCAACAAGAAAAUAGCUUCUGGAGAAGCCUCUGCUGACAUGUUCAGUAAAGUCAGUAGCUGGCACGUCCCGAUAUUAGCAAUGACAGCUGAUGUGAUUCAGGCUACUAACGAAGAAUGCAUGAAAUGUGGAAUGGAUGGUUAUGUAUCGAAACCGUUUGAAGAGGAAACGCUCUACACAGCGGUAGCAAAGUUCUUUGAAUUUGGUUAG